AUGGUCCGUGCGCAACACCAGAAGCAACAGACAGACGAGAACUUGUCCCCUGCCCUGCUCGGGCUGCACGGCCAGCGCAUCAUGAUGCCCGGCGCGGACUCGGAGCCAGCGCGGGUUGCUGGCGGAAACAACAAGCAUAAGCACCAAUCGUGCAACAACAACAACAACAGCGACUCGUCAUCCGGCAAUGGAGAUCUCAACAACAAGGUCGAGCCUCUCAUCGUGUUCGACUGGGACGACACCAUGCUCACGUCCUCCUGGAUCCAGGUCAACGACCUCCUGCAGGCUGGCUCCUAUGACGAGCUUCCCCUGGAGGUCAGGCGGGAUCUGGCGCAGCUCGAGCGCAGCGUGGUCAAGUGCUUGAAGAACGCUCGCCGUCUGGGCACGGUGAUUAUUAUCACGAACGCCGAAUCGGGAUGGGUGGAGUUGAGCGCCGCCCGGUUCUUCGUGAACGUCCUGCCUCUCCUCGAGGGCGUGCCGGUCAUCAGCGCCCGCUCGCUGUUCGAGUCGCAGUUUCCGGGUUCUCCUCUGUGCUGGAAGUCGGCGGCAUUCGCGUACAUGAUGCACGACCACUUCCUCGAGCGCCCGCAGUGGAUGCAGAAGAAGGUGGUGAGCAUCGGAGACUCGAACGAGGAGAAGGUGGCCAUGCGCAUCGCCUCCGGCCAGCACGGCACGAUGGCGGCCAAGUCGGUCAAGUUCAUCACCGGCCCGGACCCUGAGGCCCUCGCUUGCCAGCUAGACUUCGUCACGAAGCACCUGGCAUCGGUCCUCUCGAGCAACAGCGACGUGGACAUCGUCCUCGACGCGUCCAUGAUCCACGGGUCCUACUCCCUCCCCCUGCACUCCCGCGGAGUCUACGACGACCUUCACCAGCAGCAGCCCCAGCAGCAGCACCAACAGCUCCCGCUUGCGGCAAGCCCGCGCCCCUCCUGCUCCUCCCCCUCGUCCUCUUCGUCGACGUCUUCGUCUUCGUCGUACGGCGCCCCCGCAGCAGCAACCAACCCCUGCUGCACUGCUUCUGCUAGCACCGCCACGCGUGCUCAGUCGCCCAGUGCCGCAACAGCCUUCUCUACGCCAUCAUCAUCAUCAUCACCAUCUACGGUGUCGUCUUCGUCCACGACGUUCGGCUCUACGCGUGGCGCCUGCGGCGGCGGCGUCGUCGCUGUCGCCGGCAGGGGGCGCAGCAGCAGCAUGGGCAACGGCUGUGACCGUGUCGAGAGGCCUACCGCAAGAAGCUCUUCAUCUUCUUUCCGGCGAGACCCUUCCUCAUCUCGCCAGCAGUACCUGGCCCUCAAGAGACGUGCGUCUUCUAGCCCCAUCCCCAUCCCCCCCGCCGCCAACGCCAACGCCAACGCCGGGGGGCACCACGGAAGAGGCAGAGGAGGAAGUGCUACCGGGGGGGGGGGGACACCACGAUCGGUCGAGGGCGGGGGCGACUGCGUCCAGCCCUUCCCCCCGUCCCAGCCUGAAGAUGUCGGCGGGCCCCUAUCCUCCGCCCCCUCGUCCUCCUCGUCGUGCGCUUGGGCGACAAUGACGCCGCCGUCCGCGAACGGCAGCAGCAGCGGCGAGGGCGAAGCGAUCAUGGCACCGGCGGGGGCGCGGUUCUACCGGGGGCGAGCGCGCAACGGAGGCGGCGGGGGCCGCGGAGCGGAGGGGAGGAGCGCGUACGGCGGCGGCUUUCCCUGCCAGGUGGACGGCGGCAGCCGCCCCCGCGGUCGGGGGGGCGAUGGUGGUGGUGGUGUAGUUGGCAGGAGGAUCAAGGGCGUCAAGUCCGGGGAGGGUUCCGCGGUGGCGGGGGCGGGGACGAAGGCGGCCGUGGCAGUGGCAGUGGCCUCGGAGAAGGGCAAGGCGGCGGGGGACAGCGGCUGCGUGUUUGGUGUCGUCGAGGCGGUGGGCGGCUGCCUAGCCCCCGAUGCCGGGGCCGAGUGA